CAUCACUGUCAUCAACCAAAAGAUUAAUGAUAAAUCUGACUAAUCUUUCCUUGAGUUUAUUAAAUAAAUUAUAAUUAACCAUAGUAUAGUAAUAUCUGUUGAUGUCAAUUAAACUUAAAGUUGAAUGACAAGCGAAUGCAUCUCACAGUGACAUAUCAUCGCUUGGCAAACUUUUACCGAUAAAAGCAGGUUAACUUUAUCGUUUCAGUUAUUUAAUUUUUUUAAUUUUAUCACAACGGGGGCCGAGCAGUCAAUCAUGUCCGUCUCUCAGAUGGAAAAAAAUUUGUUCAAUCUUAAGUUUGCUGUAAAAGAGUUAGAGAGGAAUUCCAAAAAAUGUGAAAAAGAAGAAAAAGUAGAAAAAGCAAAAAUAAAGAAGGCCAUUCAAAAAGGCAAUAUGGAAGGUGCACGUAUUCAUGCAGAAAAUGCAAUUCGUCAACGUAAUCAAGCACUUAAUUAUUUACGUAUGAGUGCAAGAGUUGAUGCUGUAGCCAGCAGGGUACAAACUGCUUUAACUACACGUAAAGUCACUCAGUCAAUGGCUGGAGUAGUUAAAGCCAUGGAUGCAGCAAUGAAAUCAAUGAAUUUAGAAAAAAUUUCAGGUCUAAUGGAUAAAUUUGAAAGCCAAUUUGAAGAUCUAGAUGUACAAAGUUCAUACAUGGAAAAUGCUAUGUCUCAAACUACAACUACCAAUGUUCCACAAAAUGAUGUUGAUGGUUUAUUACAACAGGUUGCAGAUGAAGCUGGUCUGGAAUUGAAUAUGGAAUUGCCAUCUGGACAAUUAGAUAGCAUAGGUUCUUCUACUGUCAGUCAAGAGCAAGAUGAACUGACACAGCGGUUAGCAAGACUUCGUGAACAGUAAUAUAGAUAUAAAUCUAGCUAUAGUACAGGUACAUGAUGGGAGGGAUAUAUGCUUAUCUGCUAUAAUUAGCACUGACUUAUUAAAA